AUGGCUAAACGCAAGUGUCCCCGAAACCCAGAACAAGACGGUGUAUGCGGCUGCCCUUCAUUCUGGAGGUAUCUGAACGCCAGUGCCGCGCCCAACAACAAGACCAUGUCUUCCCCAACUACCAAGUCUUCGUCCCCGACUCUUGUCAUCAUUAAGAGUGAGCGUGACGAAGACAAAGACUUGCACCACCGGAAGCGACAGAAACGUGAAGACAGUGUAAUCACACAGACUGGUGUGAUUGGCCUCUCAGCAUCAGAGUCUCAGGCGUACAUGGCCAGCAAAUAUGUGGUCGGAGAAUCUGAUAGGAAGAUACAACAUGUCAUGGAGGCGGCACGGCGCGCGCAGAAGAGUCGCCGGAUGGAGAAGGAAAAGGCGAAACCAAUCAGACCAGUGCGGGUUCUGGUCGACUAUAGCCUACCUGCUGGUUCUGAGAGGCUGGAUUGGGACACAGACGAAGUUCGUCGGAUGGUCGGGGAAAUUGCUUGA